CUUCUUCUCAGUUCUUGCAUAUCAAACUCAACUUCUGAAGAUAUACUGCGCCUCCAAAACCCAAAUAUAAUACAAAGAAGACCAUGAGUUCUAUUACGGCCGCUGCUGCUACUACUACCAAGGGUGGUCGGGGCAAGUCCAAAGCCAAGUCGGUGUCCAGGUCUCUAAAGGCCGGUCUACAGUUUCCUGUUGGUCGAGUCGCCCGCUUCCUGAAGAAAGGAAGGUAUGCUGAGCGAGUUGGCUCUGGCUCCCCUGUCUAUCUCUCUGCUGUUCUGGAGUACCUGGCUGCUGAGGUUUUGGAACUUGCCGGGAAUGCCGCAAGAGAUAACAAGAAGAACAGGAUUAUUCCUCGGCAUAUUCAGCUUGCGGUGAGGAAUGAUGAGGAGUUGAGUAAGCUCUUGGGGGGUGUGACUAUCGCUAAUGGAGGGGUCUUGCCUAACAUUCAUCAAAAUUUGCUGCCAAAGAAGGCUGCGAAAGGGAAAGGCGAAAUUGGGUCUGCAUCUCAGGAGUUUUAGGGUUAUAAGUAAAAUUAUCCUUUAUUUUUUGAAGUUAGGGGUUUCUUAAGUAGGCUGGUGUUUCUAUGGGACACAUUGUUGAUAGCUUGCAAUGAUGUUGGCCUUGGAUUUGUAAAUCUCAAUUUGCACAAUGAAAUGGAUUGGCUGCUGAUAAUUUUUCGUCA